GCCUAUCAUGGUGAUGGCGAUUAUGGUGUUGCACCCUUUCGUGAAGAUGAGGUAAAAUGAGGGUUUCCAGCUGCAGUUUCGAUUGGUCGGAGCGAAACUUCUUCGACGUUGGGACACCUUUAGGGAUCAAGGAGCCACAGAGGCGGGUGCUUUGGGUGGCAUGGGUCUGGUGGAGUGCUGUGCUGGGAUAUGGUUACCUCAUGUGGCUCCUGAAGGGCUGUCGGGCGUACAUGCCCUUCAUCUCGGAUAUGGGCUUGGUGGGCCACAUACCAGUGGUCUUCACUCUGGGAACCAUGGUGGAGGGAUUUCUAUUGGGACUCUGGCUGUUGUGGGCCACGAUUGCACGAUGCAAUCUGCUGAAGAUGCUCCGUUUGCGUUUUUUCCUGCUGGAGUUCUUUUGUGCCCUCACUGGACUGAUGGUGGUGGUUGGCACCUUUUUCAUUGGUUUGUUCCCGUGGGAUGUCUACUCCUACCUGCACUUUGCUUGUGCUUGCUGCGUCUUCUGGGGUGGAUGCUUCUACUCCUUCUUCACAUGUCUGUUGUGUCAGGGUAUCAGCUGCGAUCCACGACUCUCAGGGUCUGGAAGCAGCUGGCGCAAGAUGUACACUUGGCUGACACCUCUCUGCGGCCUAUCUUUCUUUGGCGUGUACGCCUGCCUUAUGGCUUCCUGGGACGCGACCCCGGACUUCUUCAGCUGGAUGUGGUGGUCCAAGCUACAGGCACUGGCCAGGGAGGAUUUUCUUGGUUACUGUGGCAGUGGCAGCUGGCAUGGUCUACCUUGGGUGAACAGCUGCGCGUUUCUGGAGUGGCUGACCUUGUCCUUGCUCUGCGCCUCCAUGCUGGCAGGUCAGGCAGACAUUCACCUUUACUUGGACAUCAAAGAGGGGAGAAUCACCUUGCCAGAAGACGUGGGAUCUGCAGGACAUGCACACCCUCCAACCGCGACACCGGGAAAUUUGUCGCAAUCUCUGGCGCGGAAAUGGUGGGUGCUUCUGGCUCUGUGUUCUCCAACUUUGUUGGCCGUGAUGUACGUCACCUGGGUUUCGAAUGGAUGUUCCAAAGUCCCACCGUUUCUGUCACACUUUGGCCUUGAAAGUAACACCAGAUGGCUGUUUUCCUGGGGGGUUCUCAUCUCCGAUGGCCUCUUGUCGAUUUGGCUUCUGCAUAUCUUCGCUUCGCAGUGGCAGAUGCAGACGGCACAGGGCCGCCGAGGCGUGGAUGUUCUGCUCUACGCAGGCUUCAAUGCAGCAGGAGCCAUGUUGAUGGUCCUUGGCUUGGCGUUUGUGACUCUGCUCUCCUGGGACUCCCACUUCGCCGUGCACGUCCUCAGUGCGUUCAUGGUGCUGACGGGCUUUGGCAUGUGGUCCUGUGCCAUGAUCCUGACUUCCAUGCCUGAUUGGAUUGGCGCACCACCACGGUCGCUGUGGUGGCUUCGACCACUGCGAUUUCUGCAGUACUUCUCGUGGGCAGGGUCUUUAGGUGCAUUGGCGCUGGGUGGAUUGAGGCUAUCUACUCAAGCCCUGCCGGCAAUGGUCGUAGGCCAGUGGACGUUUCUGGCCGAGAGCCGUCACUUUGUGUUGGAGAACUUCCGCGAGGUUUGCGGGGACACGAGAGGUCCCACUUGGAGCGCGGUCUAUGCCUUGUGUCAAUGGAUGUGGGCUGGCUGCAUGCACUGCUUUGUGGUUUGCUCCAUUUGCGACUCGGAGCUGUACUUUGUUCAAAAAGACGGCCGGGCGACCCACGGAAUGUUGCCCCUUCGAAAGCGAAGCGUGCUGCUCGUUGCUCUCGUUGCCGCCGGACUUCUGCACCUGAGCUACAACGUUGGCUAGGCGCUUGCUGUGUCCAACACAAGUAACCGGC